CGUAAAGUAAGCAUAUUUUCCCGUUUGGAGUGGACAUAGCCUCGCUGUGUGUGACUAUGGUGUGGUCAAGUAUCUCUUUCGUGCUUUAUUUGAAACACUGCAGAGCUGCUCAAACUCACACCCUUUGGACACGCAAUUCAUGUCGUAAAAUCAUGGAUCCACCCAGAAGAUGUUUCUUUUGCCUUAUCCCGAGCAAGACAGCAAGCAAAUGUGACUGUGUGAGAGAGAUUCAGACACAAUUUCCAGCCCCUUUCACCCUCUGGCCUCUGUCCGUUCCCUGUUCCUGUCCCUUUCUCCCAACGGUUACUGACCUUUCACCUUUAAUUAAAUAAAUGGCCCGUUAACAGCUUAGCUAGGAGUGAGUGCCCCCUUCCCCGCCCACCCACUAUCGCCUUCCCAACUUCAAGAAGAAGAACCCAAGCAAAACCCAGGUUCACCAAGCUGAAACUCACGGAAACGCAGGAAAAAGUUGUGAUUUUUUUGGCCAGGAAUUGUUGGGUUUCUUGUAGAUCCAGACCCGACCCAGGAUGGAUUUCAGCUCUUUCUUGACGUCCCUGGGGACGUCGUUCGUGAUAUUCGUGGUGCUCAUGCUCCUCUUCACUUGGCUGUCGAGGAAGCCCGGGAACGCCGUGGUUUACUACCCCAACCGGAUUCUCAAAGGGUUGGAUCCGGUCGAAAACGGGUAUGCCACCCGGAACCCGUUUGCGUGGAUCCGUGAGGCCUUCUCUUCCACCGAAGCCGAUAUCAUCAGAAUGUCAGGCGUUGAUACGGCUGUCUACUUUGUCUUCCUCACCACUGCCUUGGGCAUUUUGGUCAUUUCGGGCCUUAUACUUCUGCCAACACUCCUGCCAGUUGCUUCAAGUGAUCAUAGUGUGAGGUUAGACAAUACCACCAGCGAAGGGACUUUCAAUGAUCUUGAUAAGCUAUCUAUGGGGCAUGUUGGAAAAAACAGUCCACGAUUAUGGGCAUUUAUUAUUGCCACAUAUUGGGUUUCUUUUGUGACAUACUUCCUUCUUUGGAAAGCAUACAAGCAUGUUGCUGAUUUAAGAGUUGAAGCUCAAAUGUCUCCUGAAGUCAGAGCCGAACAAUUUGCUAUUCUUGUCAGAGACAUUCCUCCUGUUCCUCAGGGUCAAUCCCGGAAGGAACAAGUUGACUCCUAUUUCAGUAUGAUCUACCCAGACACAUUUUACAGAUCCAUUCUGGUCACAGACAACAACAAGGCCAAUAAAAUCUAUGAAGAGUUAGUAGGGUACAAAAAGAAGCUUGAACAUGCAGAAGCCAUACACGCACAGGAAAAGAAAGCAAAACCGGAUGGAGCAAGACCCACGAGUAGAACUGGCUUUCUUGGUAUUUUGGGUAAAAAGGUAGAUUCGAUAGAUUUCUUUAACGAAAAGAUCAAAGACUUGACAUCACAACUAGAAGCUGAACAGAAGAUCACUCUAAAAGAGAAACAACAAUGUUCUGCCAUCAUCUUUUUCAACAACAGGGUGACUGCCACAUCGGCGGCACAAAGCUUGCAUUCCCCAAUGGUUGACACAUGGACAGUGACAGGUGCUCCUGAACCCCGCCAGGUGAUUUGGACUAAUCUUCACAAGAAGUAUUACGAGAGGAUAAUUCGGCAAUACGUUAUAUAUGUCAUUGUCUUUUUGACGAUAUUCUUUUACAUGAUCCCAAUCGGCUUCAUCUCGGCACUAACAACACUUGAUAAUCUGAGGAAGUACCUUCCAUUCUUGAAGUUUAUCGUUGACCAACCUGCAAUCAAGACAGUUCUUGAGGCAUACUUGCCUCAACUUGCUCUCAUUGCCUUCUUGGCUUUGCUUCCAAAGUUUCUUUUGUUUUUAUCGAAGGCCGAGGGGAUUCCUUCACAGAGCCACGUCACAAGGGCCGCUUCCGGGAAAUAUUUUUAUUUCAGUGUUCUGAAUGUUUUCAUCGGUGUCACAGUGGGGUCCACCCUUUUUGAUACUCUCAAGUCUAUUGAGGAUGAUCCAAACAAGUUGGUUCCUCUGCUGGCACAAAGUCUUCCGGGCAGUGCAACUUUCUUCCUGACUUAUGUGGCUCUCCAGUUCUUUGUUGGGUAUGGACUUGAGUUGUCUAGAAUAGUUCCUCUAGUAAUAUUCCAUCUCAAGAGGAAGUAUAUGUGCAAAACUGAAGCCGAAAUAAAGGAGGCAUGGACUCCUGGUGAUUUAGGAUAUGCCACACGGUUUCCUGGUGACAUGCUGAUUCUCACCAUUUGUCUCUGCUAUUCGGUUAUUGCUCCCAUUAUUAUUCCUUUUGGGGCAGUCUACUUUGGCUUGGGAUGGCUCCUUCUUCGUAAUCAGGCACUCAAAGUGUAUGUUCCCUCGUUCGAGAGUUAUGGACAGAUGUGGCCACAUAUGCACACCCGCAUCUUAGCGGCCUUGGUUCUCUAUCAGCUGACAAUGUUUGGUUAUUUUGGAGCGAAGCUGUUUCACUUCACCCCAUUUAUCAUCCCUCUGCCGAUAUUGUCCUUCAUCUUCGCCUUCGUCUGCAGGAAGAGGUUCUACCGGUUUUUCCAAUGCACAGCAUUGGAAGCAGCUUCCCAUGAAUUGAAAGAGGUUCCUAACAUGGAAACCAUCUUCAGGUCUUUCAUCCCACCAUGUUUGGGUGCAGAAAAGUCAGAUGGGGAUCAUUUCGAAGAUGCUUUGUCACAUGCUUCAAAAACAGUUUCCAGUGUCUGACUUGCAAUGCUCAUAUAUGAAUUAAAAAACGAGUAAAGGGUUAGUUUAGUCCUCGAAGUUGCAAAAAAGGCGUCAAAUAAG